AUGGACUCAGGGAUCGCUAAGGGUAAGAAUGAGGUAGGUAUUUUAGUAGACAGAGACCUCAGGGAGCUCGUGGUUGAGGUUAAGAGGGUAAAUGAUAGGUUGAUGAGUAUUAAGCCGGUAGUUGGUGGGUUUACUGUAAACGUGAUUAGUGCAUACGCUCCUCAGGUAGGUUUGGACCAGGAGGUCAAGAAGCAAUUCUGGGAGGACUUGGACGAGAUGGUGCGUAGUAUCCCGCACACAGAGAAGUUGUUCAUUGGCGGAGAUUUCAAUGGUCAUAUAGGGGCUAGUGCUAGGGGUUAUGAUGAUGUGCAUGUCGGGGAAGAGCACCUGGUCAUUUUCCGAAAUUCAAUGGGCAAGACUCAGAUUGAUUAUCUUCUCUUCAGGAAAUGCGAUAAAGGUCUGUGCACUGACUGCAAGGUCAUCCCAAGUGAGCACCUCACGACUCUACAUAGGCUCCUAGUUAUGGACCUGGAGAUCAAGAGGAGUAGGAGGAAGAGGGCAGGGUGCAGGCAACCUAAGAUCAAGUGGGGUAACUUGACCAAGGACAAAGCUCAGGAGUUAAGGGAGAAGUUGUUGGCUAUGAGGGCCUAG